AUGAAUUUACGAAGAAUAUUAUUUUCAUGCUUCCUUAUAGAAGCCAAGGGCCAGCUGCUCUACCGCGUAAUGCCAAACGACGAGCCGAUGAGCCUGGACAUGGCUCAAACUGACAAUAUUGAAUUCUUCUCCUGGGCAGAAACGGAAAGCGGCAGAUUGGUAAUUGGAUCAAGAAAUAGAUUGCUGAUUUAUGAGUCCAACAAAAAUGGAUACUUGGAGGAAGUCAGCUCAAUUACAAUCAAACCAGAAGCGAUCACGAAGAGUAACUGUCAGAGAAGUGGUGGAACGGAAGAAGAUUGUGAUAACUGCCUGGUCGCGAUCGGAAUCGAUGAAGAGUCGAUUUGGGCGUGUGGAACUUAUGCUCAUCGACCGAUGCUGUACUACUUCGAAAAUGGACAAGCCUCUUACAAAGCGUACAGUUCGAUGACCUGUCCGAAGUCUAACCGACGAAGUGCCUUUCUCAAAAUCGCUCAGAACGAUGCUCGAAGUAAUUCAACGGCGACCGCAAACUUUGAACAAAAAUCGAUCUUCAUCGCCUCAGACGAUCCGAACCAUGCUUAUCUUGAAAAAAGUGCGUUGAGCCCAGUGAAAACAGUGCUCGAAAGUGAGAGCUUCUCCUCUGAAUAUCACAACGAAAAACAAUGGUUCGAGGCGCCCGACAUGCACCUGCUUGUCGAUCUUCCCGAAAGAGUUCUGCUCAUUUUUGCGGGCGGGCACAGAAAUUCAAGGCGAAAUAUGAUCGGCUCUGUCCUAAAAUCUGACCGUGGUGGAUACAACGACGCCCGCUCAAAAUUCACCUCAUUUCGUAAAGUGCCUUUCGUCUGCCGCUCGAGCUCGUCCGUCGCGACUUUCACCUUCGCCAAUCUGGCCACCGCAAUCGAGGGCGAGGAUGAGUUCCUGGCAAUUUUCAAAACGGUCAAUGGACGAGGAGAGUACGAAUCUGCUAUGUGCUCGUAUUCGUACAAGAAUAUUCGGGAAUAUCUCGACUCUGGCAAUUUCGACGAGUAUUCAGGCCCUCGUUACGAAGCUGCAGAUGGAAAAGAACUCGUUUCCUCCCCAAUCGUUCUCAUCGACGGCGAAGUCAUUGCUGCCCUCCAGUCAUCUGCCGAUCAGUUUUUCUUUGGCCUCGCUGAUGGCAAAGUUCUUCGAGUCACUGUGCGGGAUGGUCAAGAGCCGAUUCUGGCGAACAUCGACAGUCCAGAACCAAGAUGUGGCAAAGUCAAGUCGUUGCUAAUGCGAAGGAAUUCUCAUCUUGUCAUCGCUUGGGAGAAGUGUCUUUUAGAAACAAAAGGUGACAAGUUCCACGUCAAGAAAGAGCUUGAAACUGCUGACAAGAAAGACCUGGAAGGCGUGUUUCAAGAACGUCUGAGUCAAAUGGAGAAUAAAAUGAAAGACUUGCACGAUGUGAUAAAUGCAUUGACCGCUAGAAUUUACACCGAAAAUGAUAAUCGAUCGCUCGGAGAAGUUCUUGGGGAUUUCGAUCUUUUGAAAGUGAAAGUGGAAAGUGCUGAAGAAAUUGCUCAACGCCGCGUUGAUGAGAUUUAUGAAAAGUUAGAGAAGAGAAUCGAAGAUUUGGAUCGCAGAGCCCUCCAGUGCUGCUCAGCUUCGUCGUCUCCAAAGCCCACUCCUGCAUUCAGGCUCAAUCACGUGAUGCAGCUCGACGAGCCGGUCAGCGUCGUUGCCGAAAAGCUGAACCAGAUUGAACAACAGAUGGACUUCUUCGACAAGGAGACACAGCGUCUCAAGUCGGAUCAAAAAGAGCUCCAGUCUGGAACCUGGACGUACACAAAACAAGUGGUGGACGACAUGCGCAAAUUCUGCUACCAGAAGCAAAAGACAAGCAUGAACUGGGUCGUCGAUCUCAAAUCGAACGUCACUGAGCUGGAGGAAACGAUCAACGAAGUCUCAAACCAACUGCGUCGGGUGAAGAGACGAGUGGACAAAAAGGGACGCAAAAACCGUCGAAAAAGGAAAACCGGAAAGAAGCCUCGUGAAUAUGAACUCGUCAUCCCUGAACUUUCCCUAUCGACAAUGAAUUAA